AUGGCCGCCGCCGCCCCUUCCACUGCCGCUCUACAAAAUUCUUUGGUCACAUUUCAGUCUCGAUCACCAAGUUCUAAUUCCAUUAAUCCAGCAAAUCUUUCGUUCUCCGGCGGCCUAAGACUCCCGAAGCUAACAACCAAAACCACAAACAAAUCCCGGCGUGGCGGCGGUUAUACCGGUGCCAAAAUGGCCGAUUCCGCGGCCGGAAGCUACGCAUCUGCCUUGGCGGAGGUCGCGAGAUCAAACGGAACCCUAGAGGCAACCGCCGCCGACGUCGAGAAGGUCGAUAAACUCUUCUCCGACAAACAAGUGUUGAACUUUUUCGUUAGUCCAAUCGUAAGUCUAGAGCAAAAACGAGAAUUGAUCGAUGAUAUAACAUCUUCGGGGAGCCUCCAACUACACGUAUGCAACUUCCUCAACAUCUUGAUCGAAAGAAAUCGGAUCGAUUUGAUUAAAGAGAUAGUAAAGGAAUUCGAGAUUGUUUACAAUAAGUUGACGGAGACGGAGUUGGCGAUCGUGACUUCUGUAGUGCAGCUGGAGAGGCAACACUUGGCGCAGAUCGCAAAGCAAGUGCAGAGACUCACCAGAGCGAGAAAUGUGAGGAUUAAGACGGCGAUUGAUGAGUCAUUGGUGGCCGGAUUCACGAUCAGAUAUGGAAAUUCUCAAUCCAAGUUGAUUGAUAUGAGUGUGAAGAAGCAAUUGGAAGAAAUUGCUGCACAGCUUGAGAUCGGAGAUAUUCCAAUUCCAGUAUGA